GUCAAGUGUCACACUGCAGUGUGACGGGAGGUGUUCACCCCGAUUCGUUGUCCCAUUACGUCCUGAGAAGGAAAGUGCAUGAUGAUCGAAUAAUACGGAGUAUAAAAAAAAAGGAAAAAAAAACAACAACAACAAAAACAACAACUUUCAGAGGUGAAACUUGGCGAGUGAUUCGAAUUGCGUUGCGACUACGCGCGGUUAUAAAUCCCAAUGGUGCCGGCGUUCGGAUUGUUUGUCUUACUGCUACCGCCCUUAAUUGUCGGUGCGGGUGAUUUCGAUCUGAACCGUGGAAUCGGAAGUGCCGAUCACAGGUUGCACUCUUCGAACGAUUCGGCCACCCGGAAUGGUCUAAUAAUCAGCCGGUUUCUUCCUGACGGAGAAUUCGAACGGGUCACCACGUGGCCCGGAUUCUGUGCCAAGGAAACAUCCGUUGACUGGGGGGACACCGACGUAACGCUGCGGGAAAUAUGGAUCGAAAAUGAAGGGCGUAAAUUGCAGCUUAUUUACGAGGGUGGCAUCCUCAGUGAUUGUUUCGACGUGGAGGCCGAUCAAGACGCCGAAGAAGAUGACUUCGUCAAGGAGUGCGCCAGCUCUUCGAGGCGAGAGGCCGGAGACCAAGACCAAGACGAGAGCGAGGAAGAGGAAGGGGACGAGGCUGCGUUCCAAGUACCCAAGAAGAACAUCGCCGACUGGUUCGUCUCGGCCGAGGAUCUUCGCCGUCAGUGCUUCCGGGUCAGAACCAGGACGCGGAAUCAAGUUAUGGCGCGGCACGGACAAUCGAUCAGAGUUAGGAGAGGAUUGCUCCAAGACCUGAUGAUCGCCCCGGGGACGAAAUGGUGCGGACCGUCGCAGCUAGCAUCGCGUUAUAACGAGCUCGGGGCUUUCGAUCAGUUGGACAGAUGCUGUCGUCGCCACGAUCAUUGUCACAGGGCGAUUCCUCCGAUGACCCAACGCUACGGUUAUUACAAUUCCAUGCCGUUCACUCUCAGUCACUGCGGAUGCGACCAAAGGAGAUACGGCGACGGUGAGGAGUCGAAGAGGCGGAGACGAAGAAGACGAGGACGUCGCCGGGGAAAACGCGACCUCCUUAUCAUACCCGGGACGCAGUGGUGCGGUCGGGGUCACAGAGCGACCAAGUACACGAACCUCGGUGGUUUCGGCUCGGCAGACGCGUGCUGCCGGCGCCAUGACACCACCUGCCCCUUCUUCAUACCCGCCUUUCAAACGAAAUACGACCUCUUCAACUGGGGAAUUUCUACCCUCAUGCAUUGUGCCUGCGACGAGCGUUUUCGAACGUGUCUGAAGAUGGCCGGAACUUCGUCGGCGAACUUCGUUGGGAAAUUGUUCUUCAACGUUGUACAGACAAAGUGUUUUGUUCUGAAGCCGGAAAAAGCCUGCAAGCGAAGAUCGUGGUGGGGGAAAUGCGAGGCUUACGAGUACCGGAAACAGGCGUAUCUCAGGGACAACGUGCCGUACUGACGAUGCGACACCCGUUUGUAAUAAUUUCACGUGAAAAUUCUAUAAUUCGUCAACGGAUUUACACGUGACGUUUCCAAAUCUGAAAACAG